GUCAGCAAUAACAGGUGCGUUGCAUUGUUUUAAUGGCGUCGGUUCCACGAUCGUGGUCUAUUUGUACUUUCAUAUUUUGGUAGUUAUAUGAACUAAAUUAAUAUGAAACGUUCCCAAGAACGAGAUUUGUCACCAAGAGCCCUGAAGAGGUCACGAUAUCCAGGUCCUGAGUACGAAAUCAUGAGAGAAAAAUCUCCAAUGACUGAAUACGACCGAAGGGAUCUUCGAUGCAGUCCACCUAGAAGCCGUGACAUGAAACUUAAGUACUAUCACGAUGAAGUAAGAACAAGAUACCGUGAAGAUGAUUAUCCAAUAAGUAGGACAGAGGUGAAAACUCCUGAAUAUAGAUCUCUUUGCUUAAGUAAUAUUUCAAGUAAAAUUCCAGAUCAUGUGUUGAAAGACGCCUUGUACAGAGAAUUUAAAAAAUAUGGCGAAUUCAAUGUAAACAUUACUUACAGUGGUGAAAUGCGUGUAGCUUACAUCAAUUUUCGCUAUCCUGAGGAUGCUAGGGAAGCAAAACAUGCAAAGCAAAACAAGAUGAUACUUUUUGAAAGAAUUGUAGUUAUUGAUUCAGUUUAUCCUAAAAAGCACCACACAACACCAGGGACAAUGCCCACUUCCAACUACGGUCGUUCAAGCGAAAUGUUUAGUUACCCUAGUAGCAGCAGUAGCAGGAGAAGCUCUCCCCCAUUUCAACCAAGGAGAAACUACCACCAAAUGCGAUCUCCUGAUAUUGAUUUGCCACCACGGAAAGAAUUUACUUCAAGUUAUAGUACACCUGGGGGAGGGGGUACCAGAAGAGCCCCAAACGAAAAGUUUCCUUAUCAUCUGGAUCAUGUACCACCAGAAGAUGAUGACAAGGCAACAAGAACUCUUUUUGUCGGAAAUCUUGAUUACAACAUUACUGAUGAAGAAUUAAAAGAGGUCUUCACAAAGUAUGGGUUUCUUGAAGAAAUAGAUAUUAAGAGACCCCAGCGGGGUCAAGGUAAUGCAUAUGCAUUUAUUAAAUUCAUGAACCUUGACUAUGCACACAGAGCUAAAGUAGAGAUGUCGGGACAAUAUAUUGGUCGAUUUCAGUGUAAAAUUGGAUACGGCAAAGUAACUCCAAGUACUUGUAUUUGGGUUGGAGGAUUAGGUCCAUGGGUGACUCAUCAAAUGCUUGAGCGUGAAUUUGAUAGGUUUGGUAUAAUUGAACGGAUAGAAUGGCCACAAGGAAAAAGUUAUGCUUAUGUACUGUAUGAUAACAUAGAUGCUGCUCAGGCUGCAUGUUCAGAAAUGAGAGGGGCUCCACUUGGAGGACAAGACAGACGUUUGCGCAUUGAUUUUGCUGAUGUCAGUCACAUAACAAACACACCAAAACCUUUGGAAAUUAAAACAAAUGAAAGUGGUAGAGGGUAUCAAGGAAGCAACUGGAAGCCACCACAUGAAAGGAGAGAUGAUGCUAGAAGUAUAGAUGGUACCUUUAAAAGUUCAGACCAUCGAGAUGAUCGCCGACGUUAUGAAGACUUUGAUGUUAGAGUUCCUGAUGUACAGUACAGGAGACCGAGAACACCAGAAGGUUCAGAGGAUCGAAGACGCAGAAGAAGCUCUGAUAAAUAUGACUUGCAACUGCAAAACAGAGAUAAUAGAAAAGUGGGCAGAAAUUCGGAUGAUGACUUUGAACUAGAAGGAUGCAGACGAGAUGCCCGGAGAUUAUCAGUUGAAAAAGAGUAUUCUGAUUUGGAAGAAGUUGAGAACAUAAAUGAAAUGGUGAAAUGUCUUCCAGUGGCAUGGAAUGGUGGUAUUCUCUUAAAAAACAGUGCAUUCCCUGGAAGGAUGCAUGUUGUUAGUGGGGACGUCACAAUUGUUGAUACAUUGAUGAGAGAUCCAACAACCACUGAAACACCAAUGCUGAAAAUAAAGCAAAGGCUGCGCCUUGAUCCACCAAAAUUAGAUGAUGUAGGAAGAAGAGUAUUGGCAGCAGGUCGAAAUGGCCAUUGUAUUCUCCUAGCUAUGCCAAGUACACUCCCAAACUGGGAUGAUUCUGCUAUUCAGCAAAGACCUCUGAAGAAUUUGGUGACUUACCUUCGACAAAAGGAAGCAGCUGGAGUUAUAUCUCUUCCACCUUACGAGACAAAAGACAAAGAAAAUGUGGGAGUUCUUUAUGCUUUUCCACCAUGUUCAUUUGGGUAUGAUUUUUUACUGAAAGCAGCCCCUCGACUGCCUCAAGAACCAAUUCAAGAUGAUUACUUGAUUGUUGUUGUUAUAAGAGGAACUGUGUAAAUCAAAUAUGUAUUGUAAUGGAUGUAAUAGAACUGAUUUUUAAAUUAAAUAAUUAUUUGUUUAUAGAAAAUUUUAGAAUAUUUUUUUGUGAGACUAAUGAUUUAAGUUAUAAAUACCACCAUUUUUAAACAUUGCAUUCUUUGUAUUUAGCAGAAAACCAUAUGGCCUAAAUAACAUAUUAGGCAUUUUAUGCUUUGAGGUAAAUUCCUGAUUGAAGAUGGUGAAGUCUCAUGUUAGAUCAAGAACAAUUUGAAUUUUUUAACUUUGUGAGAUUUUCUUUUCCAUCAUGUUCAUGUGAAAUCUUUGUUGUAUGCACUGAAAGCUUAUUACUUUGUUCAUAACUUUUUUUCUUAUUGAUGAAAAAAAGUGGAAUUUUUUCAUUGACUUAAAUUACAUCAAAAAUGUGAAGAAAAAAAAAAUUAAUACAAAAAAGAUUUUAUAAUUGUCAACUUGGUACAUGUACAGUGUACUAUUGAAUGAGGACUUAUUUGGAAGAACAAGACAUUUUUAUUAAUUAAUGUAAAUAAUUGUCAAUCCUUCAACCUAUACAAUUUGUACUUCCUCACUAGUUUUAAGACAAAAAAAAAUCUUAAGUAUCUCAGGCAAAAUUUCAGAAUUUCCUUGUGACGAGCGGGUUUUUUUCUUCUUUGGUGAAGUAGGACUCUUUUUCUCUUGUAUCCGUCAACAAAAUUAUAUCAACUAAUUCUUAAUUUUUCUUAUACUAUAAGUUAUAAAAUACAUUGUACUCAAGUUUGACUAAUGUUAUUCCAAACAGUUUUAUGAAAAGUUAAUUCAUAAAAUACCAUUUUAGCAAGAUGAAUACUGUGUACAUAAAAAAGUCUUUUCAGCAUGUAUGUAAAACAUCAUAAUUUAAUUUUCUUUUUCAACUUGAAAAAUAAAUUUUCCUAAAAUGGAAAUUUUUAAUAAGAUUACUCAAUGUGAUAGUGUUUGACCUGAUGCUUUGCCUGAGAAACUACAGAUUAUUUUUUCUGGACUAAUGUAAAAUAGUAGAUUUAAAUGUCAGUAGUUUAUAAUUGUGCAAAGUAAAUUCAAUUUCAAAGUAAAUAUUUUGAUAAUUGGUCAUAAAUGUAUAUCCUCUUCCGUGCAGUUAUUUUUUUUCUUACAGUGUGAAAUUAGUAACAUGUAAACUUGCACAUUUUUGUACAUGCAGGAUCCUCGCAUAAUUGUGAUAUUAAAAAAAUAAUGAAAAAAGAAAGUGCAUAUUACUUCAAUAUUUUUUAAUUAAAAUUUAGGUGCAUCUUUGGAAUUUUUUUUAAUCAUUAGAUCUUAAUUAUGCUUUUCAAUCAAAACCUAAAUUAAUUACAUUACCAGUUUGUUGUGAAUUGUUUUCUCUACAGCAUUAUUAUUGAAGAGAAGAUUCUUUAAACAGAGAAAUCCAAGUUGAUGAGGAAAUAAAAUGUGGAUUAAGAACACUGGAAUCUGUGUAGCUUUGUGGUCCAAAAAUGUGCAAUAAGUUGACAUUUGACUUAAUACAAAAUAUCUAAUGUGAAUGAUGAGUGUGCGUUGUGAAUAGAUAACAUGUUUUUAAGUGAAAUGCAGAUCAACAGCAGGAAUGGAGAUUGGAGGAGAGGGGAUUUUUAGAAUAAUUUUGAUGAUGUUUUCAAGUGAAUUCCAAAUAAUCGGAAAUUGUGUUGGAAGAACUGAUGAGAAGUGUAACAUUUUUAGCCUAUCAACAUAUUCAGUUCAAAAUUCUUGAUCUGAAGGACACCAUGUUUUGGAAUAUAUAUCCUGUUUUGUUUAAAUCUGCAAAAUGAUGAUUUCAGUGAUGUGUUUUGUGUGAAUUUAUCUUAAACCCAUAUAGUAUAGUUGGUAGCAAGAAAUAAACCAUGUGAAAAUAAACAAAACCAUUGUUUUUCAGAUACGCUGUUGAAAAAGUGCAGAGUAGUGGUGAAAUCAGGCAUUUCAGUAUUGUUGCUAAAGUAUAUGGAAGAUUCCUAGGAAUGCAUUCUGUUUCAUUGUUAUGUGCUGUGCUUGUGGCAUUAAAAUUUAAAGUUCUAGUGUUGCAUGAAAGCUCCAAAUACACAGUUUUUGCAAUCAAAAUUCAUAAUAAUUUGUGCACAUUGCAACAAUUCUGAAGUGGAAUUCAUUAUCUUCCUUCAUGUGAUGUAGGAGAUGGAGCACAUGUUGCUUUACGUGUGUUUUGGUGCAAUAUGGUGUAAAAGUGAUGGUGAAAUAAAGAAAAAGUUGUGAACAUAAA